AUCGCCAUCACCAACAACCUUCCAUCCAUCUUCUACCUGUCUUUGUUGCAAUGGAUUUCGAGGAGAUCGAGGAGCUCGACGGCGUCCGCUUCAGCUGGAACGUCUUCCCCUCCACCAGGCUCGAGGCUUCCCGCACCGUCGUCCCCAUCGCUGCCCUCUACACUCCCUUGAAAGAGCGUCCGGAUUUGUCGGUUCUUCAGUAUGAGCCCGUCACCUGCCGUGCUCCCUGUCGCGCGGUCCUCAAUCCGUACUGCCAGCUCGAUAUACGCGCAAAGCUCUGGAUCUGCCCCUUCUGUCUUUCCCGCAACCAGCUUCCGGCCCACUACAAAGACAUCAGCCCACAGUCUCUCCCGCACGAGCUCCUGCCAAAGUCGACAACAAUCGAGUACGUCCUUGCGCGUCCGGUUCAGUCGCCGCCCAUAUUCGUCUUUGUCGUCGACACAUGCCAGACCGAGGAGAACCUGCAGGCCCUCAAGGAUUCCAUCAUCGUCAGCUUGAGCUUGAUGCCGCCUAAUGCUCUUGUUGGACUCAUUACCUUUGGUACUACUGCCCAAGUUCAUGAGCUCGGAUACGCCGAGUGCGCAAAGUCGUAUGUCUUUAGAGGCGGAAAGGAGUACACGGCAAAGCAGAUCCAGGAAAUGCUCGGUCUUUUGGCGUCCAACCUCCGUCCUACCGCCCCUGCUGCGCCUGGACGUCCUGCUGUCCAACCAUUCGGAGCUGCUGCUAGAUUCCUGAUGCCCAUCCAGCAAUGCGAGUUCCAGCUCACCAACAUCCUCGAGCAACUCCAGCCCGAUCCCUGGCCGGUUGCGAACGACAAGCGUGCGCUGCGUUGCACCGGUGUCGCGUUAUCGGUCGCGAUUGGCCUUCUCGAGACUUCCUUCCCCAACACCGGUGCUCGGGUGAUGCUGUUCGCUGGUGGACCCGGCACCGAGGGUCCGGGAAUGGUUGUCGGACCUGAGCUUCGCGAGGCUAUUCGUUCGCACCACGACAUCGAGCGGGAUAAUGCCAAGCACUACAAAAAAGCGGUGAAGUUUUACGAGGCGCUUGCGAAGCGCGCGGCGGCGAACGGGCAUAUUGUCGAUAUUUUCGCGGGAUGCUACGAUCAGAUUGGAAUGCUGGAGAUGAAGUCGCUGCCAAACUCCACCGGCGGAACGUUGAUCCUCGCGGACGCGUUCACGACUGCAAUUUUCAAGCAGAGUUUCCAGCGCAUGUUCAACAAGGAUCCGCAGGGCCAAUUGCAGAUGGGGUUCAAUGCCACGCUGGAAGUGCUGACGACGAAGGAGUUGAAGGUAUCGGGCCUGAUCGGCCAUGCGGUGUCGAUGAACAAAAAGUCGGCGUCGGUGGGCGAGACCGAGAUUGGGAUUGGAAACACGUGCGCGUGGAAGAUGUGCGGGAUCACGCCCGGGUCGUCGUACGCGACGUACUUUGAGGUCGUGACGCAGGGGACGCCGGCCGCGCAGCCGCAGAGCCCGCAGCGAGGCCUGAUUCAGUAUCUGACGUUUUACCAGCAUGCGUCUGGCACGUACCGGCUCCGGGUUACUACGCUUGCGCGCAACCUUACGGCGGGCGGCGACCCUGCGAUCGCGCAGUCGUUUGACCAGGAAGCGGCUGCGGUGCUGAUGGCGCGGAUUGCGGUGUUCAAGGCCGAGGUUGACGACGGGCCGGACGUGCUGCGCUGGACUGACCGGAUGCUGAUUAGGCUGUGCCAGAAGUUUGCGGAUUACCGCAAGGACGACCCGAGCUCGUUCCGGCUGUCGCAGAACUUCAGUCUGUAUCCGCAGUUUAUGUUCCACCUUCGUCGGUCGCAGUUCUUGCAGGUGUUUAACAACUCGCCUGACGAGACUGCGUUUUAUAGACACGUGCUGAACCGCGAGGACGUUACAAACUCGUUGAUUAUGAUCCAGCCCACGCUGAUCUCGUUCACGUUCGAUCAGCCGCCGCACCCUGUUCUUCUCGACUCGGUGUCGAUCAAGCCGGACCAUAUCCUCCUGCUCGACACGUUCUUCCACGUCCUGAUCUUCCACGGCGAGACGAUCGCGCAGUGGCGCAAGGCAGGCUACCAAGACCAGCCCGAGUACCAAUCCUUCCGGGACCUGCUUGCGGCGCCGCGCGAGGAAGCCGCGGAGUUGCUCGUCGACCGGUUCCCGUUGCCGCGGUUCGUGGACACGGAGGCGGGAGGGUCGCAGGCGCGGUUUUUGCUGUCGAAGCUGAAUCCGUCGACGACGCACCAGAGCGGGGGCGCGUACGGCGGGGCGACGGGGUCUGCGGUCGUGUUGACUGACGAUGUCAGUUUGCAGACGUUUAUGGGGCAUUUGCAAAAGUUGGCGGUGACGGGGACGUCGUGAGGGACGUCGUGGUGAUGUAGAGGUGAUGCUAUAUUAUACUAUAUUAUAUAUACAGUUGUGCUUGUUGUUUGUGCUGUAAUUUGUUUUAAUGUAUUUGUUUAUA